UGGAAACAAAGUUUAGAAGCUGCUGCAGGACUGCAGACAUUCACAGGAAGCCGGACCAGCAAUGGCUCUGCUGAAAGUUCUGCUGCUGCUGGGGCUGGGUGUUUCAGUGAACUCAGAUGUUUCUCUGCAGAAGAGAAUCAUUGGAGGUCAUAACUGUGAUGACACGGAGCGUCUCUAUCAUGUUCGGCUGGAGGCCACCAACGGGCUGACAAAAACCAUCUGUGGAGGAUCUCUGAUCCACCCUAAGUGGAUCCUGACUACAGCUAACUGCUGGAAGUCGGAGACAGGGUGGUUUAACAGAGCAGUGUUGAGAAUUCAUCCAAGGAAUGCUAGUCCGAGCACUUACAGUCUCUCAGGCAAUCCUGUGGUUUAUGCUCCAGAAGGUUGGCGUCAUGACAUCAUGUUGCUGAAUCUUUCAAGAGAAGUAACAAAUGUCCCACUUGCUCCACUACCAGACUGCAGUAAUCGCCCUAAAAAAGACGAUGUUGUUCAGCUGGCAGGAGAAGGAACAACGACAACCGGCCCCAAUAAUCGGCAUUUAUCCAAUACUGCUGCUGCACCACAUCUUCAGUGUGUCGACAUGAAUGUUGUUCAGGUUAAAAAUUCCCUGCUGCCAUAUUUGCGUGUAUUCUCUGCUUCAGCACCGAAUAAGGAUGCAUGUUAUGGUGAUGCUGGUUCAGCAGUGGUGUUCAACGGCAUGAUUUAUGGUGUGAUUUCUCCAGGUUUACCAGUCUAUGAAUGCGAGAGACCAGUUUUAAUCGUAGAUGUGUGUGAAUACAUGGACUGGAUAAAAACAACAAUUGGCCUUAAAUAAAACAAACUGUCAUGAAAUAAAAUUCUCAUCAAAUUUCCUCUCAGAUAUAAUUUUAUUAUUGUAUCUUGACCAGUUUGAUCCACAUGUUUGUAGAAUUAGAAUAAAUCAAUAGUUUUGUUUUUCCUCAUCUAGCCUUGAUCUCCCUAAUGGAUCUUUCUCUCUCAGAAAUGAACAAUGAAUCAAUAAAUGCAUGAAAAUAAACA